UGGCGUGACAGGAAAGUACCACGGUUUCCUGCGGUUGGGUCGGUAAGCAACUAUUGGGUGAUCAGUAGGCUAUUCUAGUAGACGUUACUAUAAAGACAGACGUUGGAGCUCUCGACCAGUCAACGGUGUUACCAUCAGAAAGGUAUAAUCAAUUGGAUAUAAGGAUUAUUAUAAAGUAGUUGUGACGGUGAAAGAACUGAAAAUGGGGAGAAAGAGGACAAGGCAUAUCAUAAUUCUCAGAGGACUCCCCGGAUCAGGGAAGUCAACUCGGGCAAGAUGUUGAGUGUGAGUGUGUGUGUUCUGUCUGAGUAGAUGUUGAGUGUGAGUGUGUGUGUCUACAGGGAUAUCUUGAAGGAGUAUGGGUCUGGAGAAGCCUUCAGCACAGACGACUACUUCAGGGAGAACGAGAAGAUGGUUGGGUUCCACAAGAAAUACCUGCAAGAAGCUCAUGAAUGGAACCGUAACAGAGUUCUUCAAGCCAUCAGAGGAAAAGUCCAUCCGAUCGUGAUUGACAACACCAAUAUGUAUAAAUGGGAGAUGUGGCCUUAUGUCCGAAUGGCGUUUCGCCGUGGCUACUGGAUUGAGUUUGAGGACCUCCCUGUCAUUCCGUUAGAGAUUCUCGACAGACGGUGUCCUCAGAUCUCCAUGGAGGUGUUAGAGAGGAUGAACGAAGGUUAUGAGCCCGUAAAGAAGAUAUGGGACGUCAUCUAUGAUUACAAUUCUAAAGAGAGGUGGAUGCCAAACCCAGAGAGACUGCAGAACCACUGGUGAUCUGGAGACCAAUACAAUGUUUUUGUGUGAGUGUGUGUGUGUGUGUGUGUGUGUGUGUGUGUGUGUGUGUGUGUGUGUGUGUGUGUGUGUGGAUUGGUUGGUGCUUCUAUCCUUAUGGGGACCUAAAAAUCCCUGAAUGUCCCCACAAGGAUAGUAACACAAGGAAAACUACAUUUCCCACAUCCCCAUGAGGACAAUGGCUAUUUUAAGCUUAGGGUUUAGGUUAAGUGUUAGGUUUAGGGUAAGGGGUUAGGGAAAAUAGGAUUUUGAAUGGAAAUUAAUUUUAGGUCCCCACGAACAUGUGUGUGAUACUAUCCUUGUGGGUACUGCAAUCCCCCAAAGUCCCCACAAGGAUCGUAAAACAAGGAACAUUCUCCCACAUGGGCACAUUUCCCACGUGCCCACAAGGACAUUGGCUGUUUUAGGGUAAGGAGGUAGGUUUAGGGUGAGGGAUGUGUGUGUGUGUGUGUGUGUGUGUGUGUGUGUGUGUGUGUGUGUGUGUGUGUGUGUGUGUGUGUGUGUGUGUGUGUGUGUGUGUGUGUGUGUGUGUGUGUGUGUGUGUGUGUGUGUGGUGACUAUACCUGUGAGAUGAUACAACUCAGGAGACCACGAGGGGUCUGACCUCACACCCUAGUUCCCUUAUAGUACCCUGGUACUUUGGUAAUGUCACCUAAAUGGUGCUGUCUGAAUUGUCAACGAGGUGUUUCUCCAGGUUGGAUAGAAUAUAUUCCUCAUGUCAGAACAUGAAGGACCCUGAGAUGGGAAGUUUCGUUCACAUUUUCCUUUAAGGGCUCGACUCAAUCCGUAUCGCAGAAGUUCGGUGCUAUAGACACCUGAAGCUUUUGCCAGUCUCCUCGAACAUGGGAACAUUGCCUGUACAUUUCAAUGGCGCUAUAGCUCUGACCUUUCAUGAUAUGUAUUGAAUCCAUGUCUACGUUUACAGAAAAACAGAAAUCAUCCCUGUAUGAUGCAUCAUAUAAUGUAAAAUGCUUCAUACGGGGAUGAUUAUUCUAUUUUGAAAGUUAAAUAUCUUGAAAACUUGAUUGCUGACUUGCAAAACAUUUUGGUACUAUGUCAACAAUUUACUAAUGAAACAAAUACCAAAAUAAAACACGUGGGUAGAGUUUUCCUUUAAGUGUUAACACACAGAUGGUUCUUAACUGUUAACACUCAGAUGGUUCUUAACUGUUAACACUCAGAUGGUUCUUAACUGUUAACACUCAGAUGGUUCUUAACUGUUAACACACAGAUGGUUCUUAACUGUUAACACACAGAUGGUUCUUAACUGUUAACACUCAGAUGGUUCUUAACUGUUAACACACAGAUGGUUCUUAACUGUUAACACUCAGAUGGUUCUUAACUGUUAACACUCAGAUGGUUCUUAACUGUUAACACACAGAUGGUUCUUAACUGUUAACACACAGAUGGUUCUUAACUGUUAACACACAGAUGGUUCUUAACUGUUAACACACAGAUGGUUCUUAACUGUUAACACACUGAUGGUUCUUAACUGUUAAUACACUGAUGCUUCUUAACUGUUAACACACAGAUGGUUCUUAACUGUUAACACACAGAUGGUUCUUAACUGUUAACACUCAGAUGGUUCUUAACAGUUAACACACUGAUGGUUCUUAACUGUUAACACACUGAUGGUUCUUAACUGUUAACACACUGAUGGUUCUUAACUGUUAACACACAGAUGGUUCUUAACUGUUAACACACUGAUGGUUCUUACCUGUUAACACACUGAUGGUUCUUAACUGUUAACACACAGAUGGUUCUUAACUGUUAACACACAGAUGGUUCUUAACUGUUAACACUCAGAUGGUUCUUAACAGUUAACACUCAGAUGUUUCUUAACUGUUAACACACUGAUGGUUCUUAACAGUUAACACACUGAUGGUUCUUAACAGUUAACACACUGAUGGUUCUUAACUGUUAACACUCAGAUGGUUCUUAACAGUUAACACUCAGAUGUUUCUUAACUGUUAACACACUGAUGGUUCUUAACUGUUAACACUCAGAUGGUUCUUAUUAACUGUUAACACACAGAUGGUUCUUAUUAACUGUUAACACUCAGAUGGUUCUUAACAGUUAACACACAGAUGGUUCUUAACUGUUAACACUCAGAUGGUUCUUAACAGUUAACACACUGAUGGUUCUUAACUGUUAACACACAGAUGGUUCUUAACUGUUAACACACAGAUGGUUCUUAACUGUUAACACUCAGAUGGUUCUUAACAGUUAACACACUGAUGGUUCUUAACUGUUAACACACUGAUGGUUCUUAACAGUUAACACACUGAUGGUUCUGAACUGUUAACACACAGAUGGUUCUUAACUGUUAACACACAUAUGGUUCUUAACUGUUAACACUCAGAUGGUUCUUAUUAACUGUUAACACACAGAUGGUUCUUAUUAACUGUUAACACUCAGAUGGUUCUUAACAGUUAACACACAGAUGGUUCUUAACUGUUAACACUCAGAUGGUUCUUAACAGUUAACACACUGAUGGUUCUUAACUGUUAACACACUGAUGGUUCUUACCUGUUAACACACUGAUGGUUCUUAACUGUUAACACUCAGAUGGUUCUUAACUGUUAACACUUUCUGUUUUUGUGGUUAAGCGAGAAAUGCUUCUGUUGUAGGAAAUGUUUCCGUUCCAGAUUGGAUUGCAGUGCCAAGCUUUUUUAAAACAAAAGUUUAAUUUUCUUUGGAAUAUUUCAGACACAUAAUAUACAAAUACACACCUCUUUUCUGCUCCCUUCUAUCCAUGUUUACAUGACAUAAAUAUUUGUAUUGAAUCUGUCUUGAGAAUAUUGCUUUACAAGUAAGGUAGUAUAGAGUUAGUAGCUGUUUUACAUGUGCUUUUCUACCCGUUGCUUUGUGCAGAUGUUGUUCAAUUAAAUAAAAACCCUU